GUAAUAGUGACUGAGAGGCGAGACGAGCUCUUAGGUGUUAGGCAAAGUUUUCGUUCCAAAGGCGUCGUGAUUGCCAAAGUCGUACCUAUUCUCAUUUAACCUGCUGUCACUACUGGGUCAACAUGUCCACUACCACAGCUGUGAUACUCUGCCUUCUGGGUCUCUGCUUGCCGCAGUGUUUUGCCGUGAUAGGACAGAACUAUUACCAGUACCGUUCCUAUAUCCCCAGGAAUCAGGCAGGGAGAGGGUACUAUGUAGAGGACAGCCCGGACCAGGGAAGACUCUACGGCCCCGGGGGACCGUACUAUGGAAGUAAUUACGGCACAGGGUAUGGUAACUAUGGUAACUUCGGCGGUAACUUUGGUAGCUACGGUACCGGGGCCGGUUACUAUGGCAACUAUGGCGCGCCACAGUACGGCUAUGGAUCUAAUGCGUACGGAGGAAGCUCGCAGUACUCCGGCUUCGGAUACCCAGGCGCUUCAACUGGCUAUGGAAACUACGGUGGUUACCAAGGCAAUUUUGGCGGAUACGGCGGCCCAGGUUACUUCUAUGGUUAAACUGGUCUGACAAUGAUUGAGAGGUGAAGGAAAUCCCCGGUUACGUUCCAUUCCAAAGUUAUUUCGCUAGGACGUCCGUAUGGCUUCCCACUGUUUGCAUGCAUCAUCUAUCAUAACAUUAACAACCAUCCGCUUUUAACUGUUUGUGUUAAAAAGUUUUUUUCUGAAAGAAUUCGUCACACAUGUAAGCUAAUGGGGGCAUUUAAAACUUAUAUCACCAUGUAUAUAAUUCUAAAAUCUCAAUAUGUACAUGUACACCUGAAAAUAUAAGUUUGUCCAAGUUUAAAACUUACUUUAGAAUUUUUUUAAAAAGAAUGUACUGACCAAAGCCAUGAUAUUGUAUGUUUUAACGUUAUCUGUCAUAAUGUAUAUCUUUCCAUACUGAUACUCAAUAAAACACUGUGUGUAUUUAU